CCGUUUCCUCAGUCAGCCUGACAGCCCCCACUUGGUUCUGGUGGGCGCUGGUGGGCUGUGGCGGGCACAGGUGCCCAGUACAGUGUCUCGAGUCCAAUAAGCAGUGAGCUCAUGAGUGGCAGAGAAGGGGGUGAGAAGCAUCCGAGGAGCAGCAGCAGGGUCACCUGUUGCUUUGUGGUUACAGAGAAGAUGGAGUCCCGAGUGGAGGGCCGGGCCUUUCCUCUUAUGACUCUGUUUCCCAACUGGCAGGCAGUGCUCUGGCAGGCCUUGACCAUUAUGGCACUGCUGACUGGCCCCAGUGCUUCCUCCCUGUCCCCUGGACAGCACCACAGCCCGCUUCAUGACUACGGCAGCUCUGCUCCACUAGCCAGCCUGGAGGGGCUGCUCACCCCCACCCGGAGCACCCCGCACGGGGAGAACCCAACGGGCGUGGGAGAGCCCCCGCCACCACCCAGCGGAGAAGAGAAGCCCCCCGUGAGCCUGCUGCUGCGCGAGGGCCGUUCGCCCCGGGCCCAGGUGAAGGGCAGGGCCCAGAAAGGCCAACGCGGGAAGGGGGCCCGGGGCAAGGCGAAGCAGCGGGGCUGCCACCUGCAAACCCAGCUGGUCAAGGUGCGCGAGCUAGGCCUGGGCCACGACUCGGACGAGCUGGUCCGCUUCAGGUACUGCAGCGGCUCGUGUCAGCGGGCCCGCUCCAACCACGACGUCAGCCUGGCCUACCUGCUGAGCGCCGGCACCCUGCGGCCCUCCCCGCCGGCCCGGGUGCUCAGCCACCCCUGCUGCCGGCCCACCCGCUACGAGGCCGUCUCUUUCAUGGACGUGCACAACACCUGGCAAACCGUGGAGAGGCUCUCGGCCGCCGAGUGCAGCUGUCUGGGCUGAUGGGGGACUCGGAGGUCGCCGCCUGGCCCGAGCCAGAUUGAAGCCCUGCCCGGCAGCUCCGUGGGGCUUACCGGACCCGGGGGCCGAGCUGGGAGCCCAAAAAAACUUGGGGCAGACCCGGAGAGAGGUGGGUCCGGCCCUCAGACCCUAAGGGCAAAGAAGCAGCUGGAGCCCCCGGCCUGUGUGUAGGGAGAGGGGCAGAGCAGGGAGUGGGUUCGGAGCCGGGGCUGUCCCUUCCCAGGUGGAAGGUGGGAUGGGCCUCGGGCGUCAGAGAGGCCCGAGGGGCUGCUGCCGCCUCUCAAGGCGGAAGGCAGAGACUGAGGGAGCCCAGAUGGAGUCGCCCGACCCGGAGGGUGGUCUGGGGACAGAGCAGAAGGGGAUCUAUGCAGACCCCAGCCCCGGUGGAGGGGGAUAGGAAUGAAGAGGGAACCAUGGACCAGAGUCGGGGAAUGGGAUGGCUGUCCUACCUGGAAGCUGAGUUCCCAGAUUGCAGAAGGAUACCCGGGGACCGAGGACACCCCGCCACCCAGGACAUCGAGUCCGGGCCCUGGCCUGCGCAGGUCUGAAGGAAGGGUCUGCCCUAGCUAGGGCUGGGAGGUCUAAGGUGCUUCUGGGAUGGGGAUGCAGCUCCCCAGCCCCUCAACUUGGAGGUGCAGAGUAGCUCCCCCAGAAGCCUUAGGAGAGAGAGGGACUGCGACCAGAGUCCCUGGGACGGCAGGGGACACCAGGGUUGCCUCUCCUCAACUCUUCCCCCUCCCCAUGAGCAGCUAUUUAUUAUCUCUAAGUUAUUUAUUUAUUCUCUCUUCUGACUGAGUUGGUUCUCAGGCUAAGGUGCAAACGGCCAAAAGGGUCAGCCCGCGUAAGACGGGGGAGCAAAUGUGAAUGCAUCCCAGACUGGGCUCUCCCAAGGGCUCAUUCCGGCAUUGGGGGUGGGGGGAUAGAGAAGAGGAUGGGAGUCGACUGGUUCCUAUGGCAACAAUGUGCAUAAAA